UCCAUGUAAAACUUUUCCCGACCGGACUUUGAAUCUUUCGCACUGGAGACAGCGAAAGGAACCGUGUCCACCUUCCGUUCCUCUUAUAUUCCUUUCUUCCCAAACUUCACAUCUCAUCUUCUCUCGUUGCCUUUAGAUCUCUAACUUUCUUCUCGGGUUGGGUUUUUCCCGAUCCGGGUUCGGAUCUGAUUCCCCUGAAGCAACGAAUCUCUCUAAGUCUCCUUUUGUUUUGCCUUUCAGGGAAAGUCUAGAAUAGUUUCUCUUCCAAGAGGGAUAAAUAAAAAAGAGUCCUUUUACUUCCUCUGUAGCUGGUUAGCUUCAAUCAUCUUUGAUCUGGGUAUAGUAAAAAAAAAAAAAACUUUCCUUUUUUAGCAAAUUGUUUCUGGGCUUGAGGAACAACUUCAUAGGCGUUAGUUUGAAUGCUUGAAUCUGUUAAAAGUUGUCGAGUUUAGGACAUUUGUGAUGGGGACAUGAGUUUAGGGUUUGUCUUUGUGAAAGAUUGAGUCUUUUGUUUGUUAUAUUCAAUAUGGCAAGCAACAUUGAUGUUACCAAGUAUGGUCACAGUCCCGUACACCACGCCGUCGUCACAAGAGACUACACCCGUCUCAAGAAACUACUCUCCUCCCUCCCCAAGAUGCGGGACCCAUCCGAGGUCAAAACCGAAGCAGCUUCCGCAUCCGAAGAGACAAAAGCCGACACCAUCGCGUCCCUCAUAGACAGACGCGAUGUCGUCAACCGAGACACCGCCCUCCACCUAGCCGUAAAGCUAGGCGACGAGACCUCAGCAGAGAUGCUAAUGUCCUCCGGAGCUGACUGGAGCCUCCAGAACGAGCAAGGGUGGAGCGCGUUGCAAGAAGCUAUCUGCUGUAGAGAAGAGAGGAUCGCUAUGAUUAUAGUAAAGCAUUAUCAGCCUCUUGCUUGGGCUAAAUGGUGCAGGAGGUUGCCUAGGCUUGUGGCUACUAUGCAUAGGAUGAGAGACUUCUACAUGGAGAUCACUUUCCAUUUCGAGAGCUCGGUGAUACCUUUUAUCUCCAGAGUGGCUCCCUCUGAUACUUACAAGAUAUGGAAGAGAGGUGCUAACCUUAGAGCUGAUAUGACGUUAGCUGGCUUCGACGGUUUCAGGAUACAACGAUCGGAUCAGACUAUACUCUUUCUUGGUGACGGGUCUGAAGACGGUAAGGUUCCUUCAGGCUCUCUACUUAUGAUCUCGCAUAAAGAUAAGGAGGUUAUGAAUGCGUUGGACGGUGCUGGCGCGCCUGCCACAGAGGAGGAAGUGCGUCAAGAAGUGGCUGCGAUGUCGAAAACGUCCAUUUUCAGACCGGGGAUCGAUGUUACUCAGGCGGUUUUGUUUCCCCAGUUGACGUGGAGGCGGCAGGAGAGGAGCGAGAUGGUUGGGAAGUGGAAGGCUAAAGUGUAUGAUAUGCACAAUGUGGUUGUUAGUAUAAAGUCUAGGAGGGUACCCGGCGCGAUGACCGAUGAGGAGCUUUUCUCGAAUGGUAAUAAUAAUCAAGGGGACGAGACUGAGGGGGAGGAUCUUGGUGAUGUGUUGACUGAGGAUGAGAGGAAGCAGCUGGAGUUAGCUCUCAAGUUGGAUUCGCCGGAAGAAUCUUGUGAGGAGAGGGAGGUGAUGGUAACAGAUGGGAACGGGUGUUGUAAACAGGAGAAGAAAGGUUGGUUUAGUGGGUGGAAGAAACGAGAGGAAGGAGGAGGCAAAAGAAGUAGUGUUCCUCCGAGGAGUUCGCUUUGUGUUGAUGAGAAAGUGAGUGAUCUUCUUGGGGAGGAAGGAAGAGAGAUUAAACCGGGGAGGCACUCGACGGUUGAGAGUGUUGUGAGAGAUGAUUCAUCAAAAGCUUCAACAUCGGAAGGUAAGAGAAAGGAAGGGAGCAAAGAGAACGAGUACAAGAAAGGGCUUAGACCGAUUCUUUGGCUCUCUGAGAGGUUUCCGUUGCAGACAAAGGAGCUUCUUCCGUUGCUUGAUAUCCUUGCAAACAAAGUUAAAGCAGUUCGGCGUUUAAGGGAGCUUAUGACUACUAAACUACCAUCCGGAACAUUCCCUGUCAAGGUUGCUAUUCCGGUGAUACCUACGAUUAGAGUACUAGUUACAUUCACAAAGUUUGAAGAGCUAGAACCUAUUGAAGAUGAGUUUGUAACGCCACCAUCAACCCCUACUUCUCCGGUGAAGAACAGUCCUAGAGAGGAAACACAGGCCUCAUCAAGCUCAUCCUCCUCAUCAUGGUAUCAAUGGAUGAAAACACCUAGCCAACGUCCAUCAACAAGCUCAGGAGGGUUUAAUAAUGGUAAAGGCGAGAACGAUCAAGACCCUUUUGCAAUUCCAAGGGGAUAUAAUUGGAUCACAGCUGAAGAGAAGAAAAAGAAGGUCCAAGAGAAGAAUAAAGCUAAGAAGGGGAAGUCAUCUCAGAACAGCUGAAGAAACCACAAGUAAGAAAAAAAAUAUUGAAAUAGGAAAAUCUAGCAGAUUAUAAUAUAGUGGAGGGGGAAAAUAGAGGAAUGAUGUGGAUUUAAUGUUGUUGUGACUUUAUAUAUAUGCGUAUGAUUCUUUCUUUUGUCUUUUGGUUUUAAAUCGUUGGAGAUGAUUAUUAACUCUGCAUCAUCAUCUUGAAAUAAGCUGUAGUUGUUGGUAUGAGAUGAUGAUAUUGUCAUUGGAUUAUACAGAUGCCACAAUGUUUUGUUUUAGCA